CACAGCUUUACCCCUAUGGAAUCAGUUGGUAGUUACAUUCUGACAGCUUUCAACUUGGACAUCAUAGAAAAUCUGAUGCAUUGAUAUUAGUCUCUUUUGGCAAGUCCCAUCAUUUCUUCUGAUAUCUCUGUGUAUCUUUAUACAUGACCUUUUGUCUAUAAACUCUGUAUUUAUGCAUGUGGAAUCCGGACAACCCAGCUUGAUAUGCUAUCAAACUAACAGAGUAGAACCGGCAAUGGAACCAGGGUCCCCCCAAGACAAGCCCGGGAGAUCAGGAGAUUCAGUGAGACGGGAAGAAUUUUACAAUGAUUUAGAAAGACAAGAAACCCAUUGCUGUGGGUAUAUUUUGGUCUUCUUUGCAGUCCUCCUGGUUUUAGUCACCUUUCCUCUUUCAAUCUUUUUUUGCCUAAAGCUUGUUCGUGAAUAUGAACGGGCUGUCAUUUUUCGACUGGGAAGAGUCAGAAAUGGAGCAAAAGGACCAGGGGUUUUCUGGGUUCUCCCUUGCGCCGAUAACAUCAAGAUAGUGGAUAUAAGAACAGUCUCAUUUGCUGUGCCUCCUCAAGAGGUUUUAACCAAGGACUCUGUUACCAUCAUGGUGGAUGCUGUUGUAUUCUAUCGCGUUUUUAAUCCAACGGUUGCCGUAGUUAAAGUGGAUAAUGCCAGCCAGGCCACCCAGAUGCUGGCACAGACUACACUCCGGAACAUGCUGGGAACCAAAAGCCUCACACAGAUCCUCGUAGAACGGGAAGAGAUGGCUGAACAAAUGAGUAAAAUCUUGUAUGAAGCCACUAGAGAUUGGGGGAUCCGAGUGGAGCGUGUGGAGAUUAAGGACGUGAAGUUACCACAAUCCCUGCAGAGAGCAAUGGCUGCAGAAGCGGAAGCGUCCCGUGAUGCCAGAGCCAAGGUCAUUGCAGCAGAGGGAGAGAUGAAUGCCUCUCGUUCGUUGAAAGAAGCCGCUCUCAUUAUGUCCGAGACACCGGCAGCUCUUCAGCUCCGCUAUUUGCAGACUCUCUCCCACAUCUCUGCAGAGAAGAACUCCACCAUUGUAUUCCCAGUACCUAUGGAUAUCAUAUCCAUGUUAGCUCCAAAGUAGCAAUGAAAAGAACAGUGCUGUCUUGCUAAUUAUAGCAUAAAAUAAUCAAUAAAUGGGUAUAAAUCAAUA